UUAUGAUUUGUAAAUACACAUCGAAUAGAAGUUAGUUAGUUUGAUGUGUAACACUCUAACGGAAAGAUCAAUCGUUGGCAAAAUUCAAAGUGACCGAUAUGGAUUCGAGUAGCGUAUUUAAUUUUCCCGUCAAAGUGAAACAGGAGCCUCGUGACGAUGAAGAUUAUUGUACCGACACUGAAAACGUUCUGCGAGAAAGUCACGCUCGGAGGUUUCAAGAGUACGACGAAGAUCGUAAAACUGAACUCGACGACGUGAGAAUAGAGUUGGAAUGCAGGGACGUGAAGCCCGACGCGGAUCUCUUGGCAGUUGCGAAAAUUGAGAAUGAAUCUCCGGAUCACUUGCGCGAUACGAAUCAUGGCAAUAACCAUCAAACUCAUAACAACAGGGUUAAAGUAGAGAGUGUGGACGAAGUGAAAAAAGAAUUAAAUUUGAGCGGUAAAAUUAGUCAUUCGCGUGAUACACGUGGAAAAACAUUUACACAGAAAGGUCAUACCGACAAGGUGUACAAUGGUAUCAAACAUACGAGCGAUGUAAGUGGCAAGAAAUUUUCACAAAAGGGUCGUCUCAAUAAACACGUACAGUUAUCGCAUCCAAGUAUCACCCAUACAUGUGACAUUUGCGGGAAAAAAUUCUCAAGUGAGCGUAGUAUGAAAAAACACAUCGAUUUGAUUCAUAAGAAAAUCUUAAAUGCUUGUAAUAUAUGUGGAAAGUCAUUUACUCAGAAAGGUAGUCUCAAAAUCCACAUCGAUUCGGUGCACAAAAAUAUUACUCACGCAUGCGAUGUAUGCGAAAAGAAAUUCUCAACCAAACGUAAUCUCAAGACCCACAUCAACACAGUGCAUAAUGAUACCCAAGUUAGAUAUGCAUGCGACAUUUGUGAAAAGACAUUCAAACACAAGGGUAAUCUCAAAAAACACAUUGAUUCAGCGCACAAUGGUAUCGCUUAUGCAUGCAACACAUGUGACAAGACAUUUUCACAAAAAUUUUAUCUCAUAAUCCACAUCAAUGUGGUGCACAACGGUAUCACACAUACAUGCAAUCUAUGUGAAAAAACAUUCAAAUACAAAAGUGCUCUACGAACUCAUGUUAAAUCAAUUCAUGAUGGUGUUAAACAUCCAUGCAAUAAAUGUGAAAAGAGUUUUACGCAAAAAAAUCACCUAAAAGCACAUAUUAAAUCAAUUCAUGAUGGUGUUAUACAUACUUGUGAUAUAUGUGGAAAGACAUUUUUACAUCGAAACAGUCUUUUUAGGCAUGCCAAAUCCCAUAAUUAGAGUACUCAGUAAAUGUAUAAAAUGUAUUUACGAUUGUUUAAAAAAUCUGGACAUAUGAUGCAAGUGUAUUCGAAAAUUAAUCUUAACAUUUUUUAUUUAUCAUGAUGAAACAGUCACGCAAGUGUAAUAUAAUACGACAGAAUUAUCCUGUAAAAUACUCGCAGACAAUUCAACACUCUUUCGUUGAUGUAUUGUAAAUCGAUAGAUGCUCGCUAAUGUAAUUUAUAAGACAAUUAAUAUUAAAAUACCUCAUCAUUUUUAUCAAAAAUAAAAUUUCGA